AACUGCUUCUUGCAUUUCAUUGAUCAAAUGGAAAUCCACCUAGCUGAAAUGAGUCAAGGGGAUCAGAAUGAUCUCCAGCACCUUACAUCAACCAUCGCUGGAAAAAUCGGCGACGGUGUCAAGAAAACUGAAUCCGUCUUCGAUUUAGCUUGCAUUUAUAGGGUGCCUGAAGAGCUUCGUAAGCUGAAAAAAAGCGCCUACACCCCUCGUCUCAUCGCUAUUGGCCCUCUUCACCGAGGAGACAAACACCUCCAAACACCCUUGCAACACGUCAAAAUGAGCUACACGAAUUACCUGUUCUCUCGACUGACCGCAGGAAUGGAGGACCAUGAAGCAGUGCACACAAUGACGACGGUGCUACAGAAUUGUGUAGCAGAAAUGCAGGCAUCGAUAGACUAUGCGAAGAAAUUCUACACAGAAGAAGUUACACUGGAUGCAGAAAUGAUGUUGGUCGAUGGUUGUUUCAUCCUCGAAUUUCUCUACAGAUAUCGCACCCAAACCCGAACGGUAAUUAAGGAAUCUAAAAGCAUCAGCUCUUUUAUCAUUAUUUUUGUUAUUGUAAAUUUUGUUCACCGAAAGAGAAACGUAGAAAAAUUAGGACAAAAAAGAGAUCCUAUUUUUGGCAACACAUUGACCUUGUCCAACGUGAAAAACGACUUGGUACUCCUGGAGAACCAGAUUCCUUUCUUUGUGCUUGAGAAAUUGUUCCAACUCACGGUGGAUGGAAUCCGGAAUCGCCCCGACGAGAACUGGUCGCUCACCGAUUAUUUGCGGAGAUGCUAUGACUUCAAGACGAGUCACGAAAACAAGGAAAGCAUUAGUUACUGUCAUAUCCUCCAUAACCUACAAGAUUGAUACCGUCCUGCUGAUGAGACAUUGACUGGGAAACCAAUGAUUAGUGAGGGAGUACUCAUGCCUUCGGCGUUAGAGCUCGAGUACGCAGGAGUCAAGUUUGUCCCCGACCAAACAAACAAG